CUCGGGCGCCGCACCGUUGAGCAACGAAGUCGCAUCCUUCUUUGCGUCGCUCGACAUUCCAAUCUACGAAGCCAUGGGUCUCAGUGAGUGCACGGGCCUUGCGUUCUUCAACUACCCGCACAAGUGGAAGCGCGCCAGCUUGGGCGCCUACGCGUUUGGCACGCACGAGGUCAAAACCGAUCCGACCACGUCCGAGAUCCUCAUGCGCGGCCGCCACGUUAUGAUGGGCUAUCUCAACAACGCCGCGGCGACCGCCGGCGCGAUGGAUGCAGACGGCUUUCUGCACACGGGCGACUGCGGUGCUAUCGACGUCGAUGGGUUUGCCUACAUCACCGGUCGUCUCAAGGAGCUCAUCAUCACGGCCGGCGGCGAGAACGUCCCGCCCGUCCUCAUCGAGAACAUGACGCCGACGCUCAAGCUCAAGCGCAAUGUGGUUGCGGACAAGUACGCGGCUGAGAUCGACGCCAUGUACUUGGACGAAGUAUAGUUUUGAUUUCUAUCUACUCGAAUACCUUGUGUAUGACCUUGA